AUGUCUACAGCCCCGCAACACCACGAUGACGCAGCUGGCCAUCGUCGCCAAGAAAAGCCUCCAUAUCAAGAAGAUGAAGACUGGAGCGACUCGCAAGAUAGCAAACAGCCUCAACAGCGCAGAGUCUCGAGGCGCCCCCAUAGAAUCCAUCUCAAACAGCCGGUGCCGUAUCGAAGACACACCAACGAAUACUACGGCGAGCCUUCCAUAAGCCAAGUUCGUAGCGAGGCUGUGCGUUAUGGUGUUGAUCCGAACCCUUUUGCUCCACAGCCAGAAGCAUAUGAACCCGAUCCGAGUCCCUCGUAUUAUCCGUCGCGAAGCACUCAGCCACUGCCGAAUUACUCGAGCCAAUACACAUACCCCGCAUCUGGCGGUUAUCCUUCCGCUCCUGCUACCAUCCCACGAGGCAAUGCAUUCAAUCCUCAGUCUUACGGCCAAGUUGGGGGAUAUUACUUCCCUGGUGUUCAGCCUCAGCCUAUCCCAUCACGUUAUGCUCCUGCGCCCAGCGCUUACGAGUAUGGGGGUAUUGCAUCGUCCUAUCCACAAUAUUCGACACUCCCGCCUAGCCAAGUCGCCCAAACUAGGCCAGCACAACCAAGAGUCUCCCGACUACAUCGGGCACAAACGGAUGUUGAUUCGAGAGCUGCAUAUGUAGGGACUCCAGAACGAUCAUCGCAGAAGAAGAAGCCUUCCAAAUCAGGAAAAGAAAGGUCCUCCUCAAAGGAUGAUGGAACAAUAGGACUCAUUAUGGAGCAACUGAAACAGCUCAAGAAACAGGUCGAAAGAGGCAACUCCGACUUGCAGUCAGAUCUAGGACGACGCCGUUUACGAAGUUCCUCGACGGCGGAUGUUUCUACCACAGAAGACACCAGGUCUCUCGACAUAGAGAGGCAACGAUCGGAUCAUCUCAUGGGUAUCGUCAACCGACUACUUGAAGACAGAGAAAAGCAGGGCUAUCGAGACAGCUACGGACGCUCGUCGAGAAACAGUCUUGCAGCGCUUCUUGGAGAUAACUUUGCUCUCAGUGAUAGAGACAGAGACUUGAUAAACCAGCGUAGUACGGAGGAGAUCGAAUCGAAACUUGAUGCCAUACUUGAGAUUCUUUUGAUGGAACGCCGGUCGGAUGAUGGAAUACCAUCACAGCAGCUUAUCCCCGGCGCUUAUGAUAUACGGCAAACCCGACGAGGUGCAAGGAGUCAACCCUCUGUCGUUUCUACUGAGAGGUCGCAAGACAUUGCAACGCCAACGUUCAGCCAGUCAUUGCCACUCCGUCGUGGCAUCAUUUUACCAGAGGGCAGGAAACGCCAAGGAGUACAGUACAGCAUUGCGCAAUCUUCGAACCAGUCCCGAGCCAGACACAACCCCCUGAAGGCAAUGAGACCAGACGAAGAGGCAGACCUUCUGGAAGAUUACGAGCUGGAACGCAUGCCCACCCAAAGACCCCUACAAUCUAGACGUCAUACUCUGUCGCAGGAGAUGGGACUCACAGAGAGAAUAAAAGGUCAAGCGGUAGUGAAUCAGAAGACAAGCGAGAUGCCUACUGUAGUAAGGAGGACGUCGGAUGGUGAUCAGCAGAGGGUGAGAUCAGGGCAUUUUGCUUUUGUUCAAACUGAGGACGAACAAGAGUCUGAUGAUCAGGAACCUGCUCCGGUUCGGGCGUCUACGGGCUAUCAUCAGCGACCACCAGUGCCUGAUCCGCCGACUCAUUCACAGCGGAGGAGAGAGAGAUCAGUCAGAUUUGGCCAAGCGUGA